AUGGCUAAGUUCUUCGUCGUGAAGAUAGGCUCACGUUACAACGCCAUCAUAGGGAGGCUGACCCUUCACGCACUCAAGGCUGUUAUCUCGUCUUACCACCUUACCAUGAAGUUCCCUGCGGAGCAUGGUGUAAGGGUAGUUAGGGAAAACCAACAAGUUGCUAGUCCUAGACAGUGCUACGUUGUGACGCUAAAAGGCAAGAAUAAGGAACCAUUCAAUCAAGGCCAGUCGGCCGAGGAUCUCAUCUCGGUUCCCCUGGACGAGGCCAAGCCCGAGAAGACGACACAAGUCAAGCUGAGCGUGAACCUGAGUUGUAGGUCAAUUCAGCAAAAGAAGAGGAACUUUGCACUGGAGCGCUGGAAAGCCAUCAAAGAGGAGGUGGACAAACUACUUGACGAUGGCUUCAUAGGACAGGUGUACUACCCUGAAUGGCUAUUUAACAUGGUCAUGGUUAAGAAAGCUAAUGGAAAGUGGUGCAUAUACAUUGACUUCACAUAUCUCAACAAGGCCUAUCCCAAAGACAACUUUCCUUUGCCAAUGAUUGAUCAUCCCAUUGUUGCCACCACGGGGUAUGAGCUACUAAGCUUUGUGGAUUCCUUCUCCGGCUACAAUCAGAUAAAAAUGCAUCCUAAUGAUGAAGAGAAGAAAUCGUUCAUCACCGAGCACGACACCUACUACUAA